AUGAAGUAUUACUCUACAGAAUCAGAGAUGGAUCAGAACAUCUUUACUAAGGAUUCACAUGUUCAAUAUAACAUACACUUCCGGCUCACGUAUACUCUGCUUUACAUUGACUGUGUGCAGACUCUGAAUUUGGGAGACAGUCAUGUGGCUCUUCAGUUAUGGGACACUGCAGAUGAAGAAAGGUAUCGCAGCAUUACCAAGCAGUUUUUCUGUAAGGCAGAUGGUGUGGUGGUCAUCUAUGACAUCAUAAUGGAGGACAGUUUCAGAUCAGUCCGCCCCUGGCUGACCAGCAUACAGGAGGCCGUAGGCGACCCUAUACCUGUCAUGCUCCUUGGCAACAAAUCGGACAUGAAGAAUGAGAGAGAAGUGCAGACAAAGGAGGCUGAGCAGAGGUUAUAUCAUACAAACUUGAAUUUUUAUGAGUGCAGUGCUUAUACUGGAGCUAAUGUGAUACAUCUGGCCAGGGUCCUGAGGGAGCAGGAAGACAGAGUAUGGCGACUUUCAGAUGAUGUUUGA